AUGGCAAAGAAGAAUAACUAAGAUAAACUAGAGCUUAAGAAGCUGCAUCAUAUUAGGCCAGAUAAGAGAAUAAUAGUAAGGUAUUGGCUGCCUUGGAAUGAAAUUAUUCCUAAAUUAUAAAAAGGAAAAUCAUUAUUGCAAACUGAAUAAUUUGAAAUUGUUGAAAAGAUCAAAAGAGAAUUAGGACAUAAUCAUCCAGUUGCUAUUAUGGUUGCAUUGACAACUAAAUUUGAUGUAUCAACUGUUAAAAGAAUUAUUGAUAAAUUGGAACAUAUUAGAAAUGCUGUCAUCUCUUUAAUGUAAUAAGAAGAUGAAUAAGAAACUCAAAGCCAAAUUACUUUCUAAACUACUAUAUAAGAAAUUGCUGAAUUGAGAGAAAGAUUUUCUAAAGAUUUCGAAAUCACUUCCUAAUUGAUCAAAAAAAGAACUAAUGAUAAGGUGCUCUUGGAAAAAAGAUUAACUAUCAUCAAUAGAGAUCUUAGUCUCACUGAAUAAUUACUCAUUUAAACCAGAGAAUACAAAGAAUAAUAUGAUGCUGCUUAUGCUGUCAGAAAGGGCAAAAGAAUUUCUGAAAUUAAAACUGUCCAAUAAGCUUACGAUUUAGUAGAGAAUCACGCUAAGAAACACAAACAAUGAUUUAAAUAAAUAUUUUGCAAUUAUAUGGAUUAUGGAUAU